CGGCACAUCAGGUCGACAGGUCUCCCCAGACACGUCGCUGCUCAUCGCUACCCAUCGACCUCGCCAAGCUGUUGAGGACUUGAGGUGUGCGAAGCUAACGUCAUGCUCCUUUUCUUCCUCGUCUGGACUCUGGAGAGUGGAGACGGUGGGGCUCGUCGCCGGCAGCUUUGUCCGCGAUGAUGGGUGGGCUGUUUCCGUUCCGCAGCCCAAGCGUGGCCUUGGAGGAGACUGGCCUGUCGGGGCGUCGGGCCUUCAUGGGCACCCGGUAAAGGCUCGGGCCCAAGUUCCACCUCCAAAACUUUCCACCCAUCUCAAUCCCGUCUUCCCCAUCCCAACAAUCCCCACGAGGGAAACCAUGACGCGGUACUCCCCGCCGCUGCUGCGCCGCUUCUUCAGCUGCGCCGCCACCUCCGCGUCCCCCGCCGCAGGCAGAGGCGCCGGGAAGAAGAACCUUGUAUUCCUCGGCUCGCCCCAGGUGGCCGCCUCGGUCCUGGACACCCUGCUGGCCGCGUCGGGUUCCCCGGACUCUGGGUUCCAGGUAGCCGCCGUCGUGACGCAGCCGCCGGCCGCCAAGAACAGGGGGAGGAAGCUGUUGCCGUCGGCCGUCGCGCAGCUUGCGCUCGACCGCGGAUUCCCGGAGGAACUCAUCUUCACGCCAGAGCGGGCCCGGGAGGAGUCCUUCCUGUCGGAUUUGAAGGAAGUGAAACCGGAUGUUUGCAUAACUGCUGCUUACGGGAACAUUCUGCCCCGGAAAUUUCUUGAUAUCCCACCGUGCGGUACAGUCAAUAUACAUCCAAGUUUGUUGCCUCUAUAUCGUGGUGCAGCUCCUGUGCAGAGGGCUCUGCAGGAUGGUGUUGCAGAAACAGGUGUUUCCCUUGCAUAUACUGUUCGUGCGCUGGAUGCAGGACCAGUAAUUGCGUGUGAAAGGUUUUCUGUUAAUGAAUACAUUAAGGCACCAGAGCUACUUGCUAUAUUGUUUGAUAUAGGAUCCAAGCUGUUGAUUAAUGAACUACCAUCCAUUCUUGAUGGUUCGGCUAUAGAAAAGGCACAUCCACAGGAUGACUCCAAAGCUACGCUGGCGCCCAAGUUAAAUUCUGAGGAGUCAUGGCUAUCGUUUGACCAAGAAGCUAAAGAGCUCCAUAACAAGGUGCGGGCAUUUUCAGGGUGGCCUGGAACUCGUGCAAAACUGCAACUCAUAAAUCAAAAUGGUGAAGCAGAUGUGCUAGAGAUUAAGGUUAUCAGUACGAAGGUUUUGGCAUCAUGUGACAAGGUCGGAGAUGAAAACGAGAUAUUAUUCUCCGGGAGUUCCUUGCUGAUACCUUGCAGUGGAUCAACUUGGCUCGAGGUGUUGGAACUUCAGCUCCCUGGAAAGAAAGUAACAACGGCUCGGGACUUUUGGAAUGGUUUGCGUGGUCAGAAGCUGUUGAAAUCACCGUAAGAGUGGAUACGUGCAUUCGCAUUGCUGCGCCUGCAUGCUAUCAUAUGCACAACGAGGUAUAUUCCAUGCUCGGCCCUCUAAAAUUUUGCAGGGGCAUUGACGUCAUCCUAGCUGCACCCACAAGGGAGUGUUGCUAUGACUGAGAAAUUAGUUGAGGCCUCAAUUUAAUACUACUUUUAGUUUUAUUUUUCAUGAUCACUUGAGAGGGCAGGAGGUGGACAAAUUUAGUUGGUACCGUCCCAUGAAUUUUGGACAAGAACAUACUUAAGGUAUGUUAAUUGUUUCGAUUCAAUAUCAUUUGAAAGAACUGCCCAUUGAGGGAUGGUGACACUAAACUGAUCGCCAUUGCUUCAAAUCUGAGAACGAAAAACCCAAUUGUUUUUGUUAGUGCUGAGGCAAUAAUUUAUCGUACUAUCUUGUGGACGUUCAAGCCGACCAUGCUAGAUGUCUUGAGUGUAUAUUCUGGGAAGGUGCUCGCUUGUUUCUCGUGGCAUGGUCCACCGAAUGAAAGAACGGUCUUGCCUGGCAAUUCUGUACAAGCGAAAUGUUCCUCAUCUUCCUCGCAAAAAAGAAAAAAGAAAAAAAAGAAGCGUUCCUUAUCUUCUGCAAUGUGAAGUAGAGAUAAUUAUAUGUAAAUAAAGAAACAGUAGCAGGGGUGACUUUAUGAAAGGCUUGCCUUCCACGGCGAUGCAUCUGCUGCCUGGAAUGCGGAGUUGGAUACGGUGGAUGAUCGACAAUCAGAUAAGGGGAUGCGACAAGUCACUCGCAACAAGACCAGCUGCGCGCGGAUUCGGAAAAGGAUCCAAAUGGCGAUCGUGCGGCGUCCUGCUAAUAUUGUAACCUCCGUGUAUACUCCUACUCCUACCUCAUAGGCUCAUGUAUCCUUGCGUUGAUCA